AUGCCUUUUCUUCGCCGACAUGCCCCCCUGGCCAGUGAGACUGACAUUAGAAAUGCCGCCGUGGGGAUGUCGAGUCCCGCACAGUCCUCAAUGGACGCACUGGCGGAUGCGGAUUCCGGGAUAGAGCCGGAUCCUGUGACUAACCGUCGCAAGGAGAGCUAUGCCUCUGGUUCUCUUUCGAUCCCGGCGCGUGCCGUUGAUAACAGCUCACAAGGCUCCUCCACCUCUCAGCCUCGAGACCACACCAGCAGCCGUCCAAGUUCCCCGCCCCAGGAACAAACCCAUCGACACCGCCGCUUCUCUGUCCUCAGAUUCCGGAACGCGUCUGAUUCCCAGUUAUCGAUGAGAGCCAAACAUGAAGCAGAGAACCCUCCCCCUCUGCCCACACCGCCUCCGGAAAUCAUCACGACUGCUCCAACCGUGGAUUUCGAGGCUUUACAAAAAAGACCUUCCCGGAUGAAUUUAGCAAAUCGCUUUCGCCGUUCCGCAGCCCCUACCAAGUCAAGAGAUAAGGACAUCGCCAAAUCACAGCAGGGAAAGCGCUCGAGAAAGUCCACAUCUGACGAUCCACGGCGCCUAGACGAUCCCCACUUCAUACCCCCUGAUGAAUCCGGAGAUCAUGGGGCCGCUGCGGAACCUCCGGCGUAUGACCAUGAUGACGGGACUAUCGCCGCCCUACCAAUUACCCGGAUAUCUGAAUCCUCUCGGUCUGACACUGGUUCUGGCGAUCCGGCCGUAUAUGCUAGCACCACCACAACUACAACGCACACUGUUCAUACGAUUACCACGACGCUUUUUCGAUUGCCGCGCCGAAGGAACAAAGCCGGGGAGUCCUUGUUUCCUCUAGGCCAUUUGCCUCAAAAGGGCAAUGCGCCAGCGGGCCAUAUGUCCCAGAGUACGAUUUCAGCAUCAUCCCUAGCCAUUCCGAGGUCCUCGUUCGGCACUUCCGAGUCCGGUGCUCCCUUCUCCGAACCCGGGACGCCGAGGGCAUCUACAUCUCACAGCGGCACGACGCCAAACGUAUCCUCUCCCGAGGCGCGGACGAAGCACGCCACAUCCCCCGCAACUGCUCUCUGGCGACCUGAGCCCGCGCACUCCGGACGUUCAUCCCCUACAAGAGGGCCGAUUAGCCUCCGUGGUCGCUCUUCUACGAUGAGCUCUAUCGGCGGCCAUUCGAAUGACGAAUGCCUUGCCCCUCCAACUAUUCGGACGUCUUCCUCCACCGGCCGUAAGAGCUUCAGUGAUCUCUUUGGUCUUAGCCGAUUACGUCAAAACUCCGACCUUGCUCUCAAUCGGCAUGGAUCCAUGACACCCGUGACGCCGGGAUCCGCAACUUCCAAGAACAAUUCUCUUCAGCUAGUUAGAGAAGAGCAGGUCGUUUUACCUGAGCGUCGAGACGACGAUACGCCUGCAAAAUACCUCGCUCGCUUAGAAGAGGUAGUCAGUCGUAGUGUAAUCCCUAGUGCGCUCUCGCGCGGUUCGGAUCAGUUUUCGACUGCAGUGAUGCGCAGCUACAUGAGGAGCUUUCGUUUUUUCGGGGAUCCUAUCGACAUGGCCCUCCGAAAGCUUCUAAUGGAGGCAGAACUACCUCGGGAGACUCAGCAAAUCGACCGUUGCCUGCAGGCCUUUGCCAACCGUUACGAUGAAUGCAAUCCCGGCGUGUAUUCAAACCCGGAUCAGGCAUAUUUCAUAGCAUUCUCACUCCUCAUCCUUCAUACAGAUGCUUUCAACAAGAACAACAAGCGCAAGAUGCAAAAGCAUGACUACUUGAAGAAUGCUGGAGGUGAGGGCAUCUUUGACGAGAUUCUCGAAUGCUUCUAUGACAAUAUUACAUACACGCCUUUUAUUCAUGUGGAGGACGACCUUGAUAUCAAUGGUGAACGUAUAGUCGCUCACAAAGCGAGAAGGAAGCCGAUCUUCGCCGGUGGAGCGACCGAAGUCGUUAAGACUUCGACAAAGGAGCCCCUCGAUCCCUAUACCCUAAUCAUCGACGGUAAACUUGAUGUGUUACGUCCGAGUCUCAAGGAUGUUAUGCACCUAGAAGAUCAAUAUUCUUAUCUCGGGACAGCCAAGUCUUUGGAUCUGAAAGAACUCCAAAAGACGUUCUUUAGAACUGGAGUUUUGCAGAUAGUCUCGGCCCGAUCCCGCCCGGAUGCAUUUAUGACAGAAAAGACCGCGACGAACCCCGAAGAAGCGCAUCCCGGAAUCGUCGAUAUAAAGAUUACGAAAGUUGGACUCCUUUGGCGCAAAGACGCUAAGAAGAAGAGGACCAGAUCCAAAUGGCAAGAAUGGGGUGCGAUCUUGACAGGAGCUCAGCUGUACUUCUUCCGCAAUACGACCUGGGUAAAGAGUCUUAUGCAUCAAUACGAAUCCCACGUCAAGCAGGGAAAUGACGGAGUCCCUGUUAUUUUCCAGCCACCGCUGGAGCAGUUCAAGCCCGAUGUACUAUUCUCAACUGAUGGUGCUGUCGCUCUGGUCGAUUCUACAUACAAGAGGCACAAAAAUGCAUUCGUCUACGUCCGGCAUGGAGGAAUUGAGGAAGUCUUGCUUGCCGACGACGAAAACGAGAUGAACGAUUGGCUAGCAAAGCUCAACUAUGCUGCAGCCUUCAGGACCUCUGGGACCCCGACGGGUGAUGUCAGCAUAGCCCGUGGCCGUAUUGACCAGAAGAUGGCAGAAGACAUUCUCGCAGCACGCCGAGACAUCAUGGUGCAGAAGGUUGCAGAUGCCGCGGACAAACUAGCUUCUGUUGAAAAGCAGCUAGAGGCGCAGCUAAGAAACGCAAGACACUUGCAGAUUCUGGCACCGAUUCAGACAAAAACACGUGAACAGGUUCUAUUAGCAGCUGCGCGCAUGUCGGCACAACUUAAAUGGACUCGAAUGGAGAUUUGGAAAUUGCGGUGCCACCGGGACAUCCUUCUCCAGGACCUGGAGGAGGAGCGGAACGGAAUGGAAUACAUGGCCAGCACGGCCGUGAACACACCGCCCAUGGAAGCACCGCCACAGCCCGUCAGUGCAUCACCAGGCUUGUCUACAGAUUCCACGGUCCGUCUCGGUAAUGAAGCUUCCCGACCUAGCGGCUCAGUAGUUCAUGACGACUCGGAAUGUCCAGAACGACCCAAUAACCCAACAACUGAUGCUCCUCUCCAAACUCCGCCUAAAACUAGCUCUCGGCCUCGCAGAAGGUCGGACACGGCAAGUCUCAGAGCAGGUUCGAUCUCUAGCAGCAUAGCUUUCCCCAGUCCCCAACCCCCAGUCAUUCCAUCCGGCAAGCCCCCGAAUGGUAACGGAGAACUGCCGAGCGGUCAGCCACGUGGUGGCUCGAUACAUGACGAUAUUGAUGAUGGCGAACGCGACCUUUUGGAACAGGCUGGUCUUAUCAAAACCAGAUCGAGAAGAGUUUCUGACAGCUACGGAUCACCGUUUACCGCUGGUCCCAUGGGUGAAGCUGAAGAAUGGCGUGAUAAUUCGUCUCCGGCUGAAAAAGUGGAGAGGAAUAAACUCCGGAGAAGCCUCCAGCGUACCCUUAGAGAUAGCGCCGGACACCUUUCCCACCAACGUAUCAAAAAGGGGAAGGAGAUUCUGGCCAGCGGGUCGUUGGAGGAUGACAAUGUCGACAGUAAGCUCACCCGGUCAACGGGAAGCUUUGUCGUCCAUGGAAAGAAAGCAUCCGUGAUCAAUUUCGGUACGGAGCUGCGGGCGAUAUCACCAGACGCGAAGAUACGGGCUAAACAGCAGGUAUGGCGCGAUGAUCAAUCGCAGCAACAGCAACAGGGACAGCGCUCACUGCCCCGCACGAGUGGAGAGCAUGACUUUUAUUCUGUUACCGAAGAUGGUCGAGAAUGGAGUGAGCGGAGGGGCUCUGCUGCAAGCGCAAGCACGGCGACAGCAAGAAGUUUCCGUGAACUUCAUCGAAAAUACUCAAGAUCAGCAUCCGCUGGCCGUCUCACUGCGCCCUCCGAUGAAGACAGUGAAGUAGCUCUAAGUUUCUCUGAGGGCAGGCGCACUCCUCUCCCACCAAUCGAGCGAGAUGUCAGCGAAUGUGAGGAUGAUCCGGUCACGAAUGCGGCGCAGCACCAGUCCCAGCACGAGACACCAAGUUUAGGUCCAACCACCCCCACCUCGGAGAACAGUGGCGUGGAUCACUGA